GGGGAGGGAGGAAAAAAUAAAAGAAGGUGGGGGGGGAACCAAAACAUGCGGCAGAGAGCUGGAGAAACCCUCCUGUGAGGGACAGGUUUUGCUCAGGGGGAGAAACCAACCGGGCUGCUUUUCUUUUUUUUUUUUUUCUCCUUUUUUUUGUGUGUGUGUGUGCUUUUUUUUCCCCUUUUUUUCUUUUUUCUUUUUUUUUCUUGCCCCCCCCCCCCCCCCCCCCCGGUCGCUGGAGAAGCCAAGAAGAGGAUUCAGCCGCCUGGAAACCUAACGUGAAAAAGCAGCAGCAAGGAGAGGAAAAAAAAAAACAACACACACACACACACAAAAAUCAAGCCGGGGGGGCCUUGGAUUGGACCCCCCUGUCCCGUGAGGGAGCAAGGACCCGCGGCGGCCGGAGGGCGAGAAGCUGCGGUGGCCGGCGAGGAAAGGGGACCCGAGCUCCGCCGAAAGCCGGGGCUGGCGUGACCCCCUGGGCGCUGCAGCCCGUCGGCGCGGGGGAAGAGGCGAAGAAGAGACGUUUACCGAUCCUCCCCGCCGAGGAUUUUAGGGAGGUUUCCGCGCCUGGAGCCCGUGCCUUUGGAUCUAAGGAGGAUUAUUUUUUUUAUUUUUUUUUUGGGGGGGUGGCACUGAAGCUGGAUUUGUUCCUGUGCGUGCAGCGCGGGGGGGGGCAUUUCUGUUCCCUCUAGAGGAGCCGGCGGCCCGGCCGGGGGCGCGGAGUUCCCCGCGGAUCGCUCCGCAUCGGGCCCUGCCGCCACCCCCCCCCGGGAAAGGUGCGCUGAGGGGAUCGGCGUGGGGCUGAGCGGGGGGGCGGGGGAGGAGAAGCAGCUGCAGCUGCCGGGGAGGAGGCCCGGCGAAGCAGCAGCAAAGUCAUCGCCAUCGGCCCCCCCUUGGCUGGCUCCGGGCUCGGCUCUCUCCAUGUCUCUGGCUCUGGGCAGCGGCCGCCACAGCAGCGAGUAGGGGGGGAGGAGGAGGAGGAGGAGGAAGAAGGGAGCCCGGGAGAGUGCCUCCCUCCCUCCCCCCGGCAGCCCCGGCCGCCUCCCGUCCCCUCGCCCCGCGUCCCCUGCCUCCCCCUCCCCAAGAUGGGCUGUUUAGGGAACAGCAAGACGGAGGAUCAGCGCAACGAGGAGAAGGCGCAGCGGGAGGCCAACAAGAAGAUCGAAAAGCAGCUGCAGAAGGACAAGCAGGUCUAUAGGGCCACGCACCGGCUCCUCCUGCUGGGUGCUGGUGAAUCCGGUAAAAGCACAAUAGUCAAACAGAUGAGGAUCUUGCAUGUGAAUGGAUUUAACGCUGAGGAGAAGAAAAUGAAAAUUCAGGAUAUUAAAAACAAUAUUAAAGAAGCUAUAGAGACAAUAGUGACAGCAAUGGGCAAUUUGGCACCUCCAGUUGAACUAGCCAAUCCUGAGAACCAGUUUCGAAUCGACUAUAUCUUAAAUUUAGCCAACCAGAUAGACUUUGAUUUCCCACAGGAGUUCUAUGAGCAUACAAAAACACUUUGGCAAGAUGAAGGUGUUAGAGCCUGCUAUGAGAGAUCUAAUGAAUAUCAACUGAUUGAUUGUGCACAGUAUUUCCUAGACAAGAUUGACAUAGUCAAACAAAAUGACUAUACACCAUCUGACCAGGAUCUUCUCAGAUGCAGAGUUUUGACAUCAGGAAUUUUUGAAACCAAGUUUCAAGUGGAUAAAGUAAAUUUUCAUAUGUUUGAUGUUGGAGGGCAACGAGAUGAACGCCGAAAAUGGAUCCAGUGUUUUAAUGAUGUGACUGCUAUUAUAUUUGUGGUGGCGAGCAGUAGCUACAACAUGGUUAUACGAGAGGACAAUCAGACCAAUCGGCUCCAAGAAGCACUAAACCUCUUCAAGAGCAUCUGGAACAACAGGUGGCUACGGACCAUUUCAGUAAUUCUUUUCCUGAAUAAACAAGAUUUGUUAGCAGAGAAAGUUUUGGCAGGGAAAUCUAAAAUUGAAGACUACUUUCCAGAAUUUGCUCGCUACACUACACCAGAUGAUGCAAUACCAGAGCCUGGUGAGGAUCCCAGAGUUACAAGGGCCAAGUAUUUUAUUAGAGACGAGUUUCUUAGAAUCAGCACAGCAAGUGGAGAUGGAAGGCACUAUUGCUAUCCUCACUUCACAUGUGCAGUGGAUACAGAGAACAUCCGGAGGGUUUUCAAUGACUGUCGGGACAUUAUUCAGCGCAUGCACCUUCGCCAAUACGAGUUGUUGUGAUGGAGAGCACUUUUUUCUGUGUUUUGGACUCCUUAUUCCGCAUUAAAAAAAAAGAAAAAAACACCCUUGCCCACAUAGGGUGGAAGAGAACUGUUUGAAUCUCCCAUUGAUUUGCACCCCUCAACUUUUUCUCCUUGCUGGACAACAGCAGCACUUCUAAGCUUGCUUCUGUACCCCUCGGACAGUUUGAGAUGGCCCCUAACACUUAAAAGGCCAUUUCCAUGAGGAUUCCCUAACACUGUUAUUAACAAAAAAAGAGAAAAAAAGAGAGAAAGAAAGAAAUAAAACCUAAUUAAUUAAAAGCCCUGAAUGUGGAGCACCUGAAAGAAUUUGGGAUAUAAAAUUAAAACGUAAAACAAAAAUUGGGGAGAGAAAACUUUAGGUAAUUUAGCACUGUUGUGGGCAUAAUCAUAUAACCCGUGAUCUCCAUUUUGUAUCAUUCACUUCAUCAGACUAAAGAAGGUGCCAAGUCACAGACCAAGUUUGAAGACAGACACUUGGGUUUGGUUCUCUGACUGUAAUGUGGCUUUGAACGGAAAUACUGACAAUUCUACAACAGACCUAGACAGUGCAAAAACCCACUGCUACUUUUCAGAAGGGUAUUUUUAAAACCAGUCUUGGUGGUCUAAAGACAACCAUGGACAUUUAUGAAUUGAACUGCGUAUGGCCUGUGAUUGCAGAAAGAGUUAACCACACACUGUUUUCAGUUUGUCCACUGAUGAUCCCGUCUGCUAUAAAAAUCAUUAUCUGGACUGUAGUCCUCACAGUCUUUCCCUUCUUUUUCUUCUUCCCUCCCCUCAUUUUUUAUUUUACUGCUGGAUUAUUAUUCUUGUACAGACUGUAAAAUGUAUUAUUUUGUACAACUUUAUUGAAAAAAAUAACUUGUAGAAGAUCUUUGUGCCUUGAUUAUGGCUGUACCUGUACAAUGAGCUAAGAUGUAAGUAUGUUUGAUUGCGCUGUACAGCUUUGUCAACCCUAUCUGCAGCAUUAGCUCAAGGUAGGGAAAAUUUAUCUGUAGUUUAGUUUUUCUGGUUUAUAAAAGAAGGAAAAAUACUGUUUAGUAAAAAAAAAAAAAAAAAGAAAAGAAAAAAAAAAGAAAAAAAAAGAAAAAAGUACAAAUUGUGCAAACUUAACCACUUUAAAAGUGAGGUCUUCAACAAGUGACCAGAUGUUGCAGCAUCAUGCUUUUUAAUUUUUAGCUUUAAUUCAUUUAAAUCUCUAUCCAAAUGCAAAACAUGGCUUGUUUCUACAUAAACCAAAUUUUGCUACAAAUGAUAAAUGUUAGUCUUUGGUCAUUCAUAUAGUCCUUUUUGCUAAAAAAAAAACAAAACCAGGACAGUAACAGACACAUAGGGCAUCAUGCAGGUCUGGUGACCAUCUCUAGACUGGGCCAAAUACCCCACCAACCUCCACUCACGCCGCGUGGGCAAACAACUACCAGAAUGACAAGGUGUGCACUGCCCUUGGAUUUGGCCACUGAAUUCCAGUUUCAAAUGACAUUUUUAUUUCUCUUUUAAUAAAGAGAUACUUUAGAACCUUUUUUUUUUGUUUUAUAUUAACUAUAUAAGUAGCUUAAAGUGAAGAUGUGUGGAUUUUUCUUAAACUUGAAUAAUUUAUGCAAAUUAUAUGCUUAGAACAACAUGUGGUACAGUAAAAAAGAAAAAGAGCAAAAAUCACUGUAGCAAUAAGAGAGCAUGUAAUUUUAGUAACUACUACACUGCUUUAUAUUUUAUACCUAGGUGUUUUAUGUCUCUGUGAGUGUGUUACUUUUUCAUGUGUCUAAACCUACGUGUACAAUUUGUACAGAGUCAGAAAUUACAGCUGUAAUAACACAUCUAGAACAGUGUUAGCCUAUAUUACUCAAACACCCCUGUUCCCCCUUCAUUUACACCCCUAAACUGAUCUGGAUCUUACUGCAGUAACUUUAAAAGGAAAGCAAAAGAAACAAAACAAAAAAUGAACCACCAAAAUACUUGCCUCCUUGCCUUUCACACUAGCUUCGCUCCACCCAAGAGACAGUGUUCACUUUCUUUUUUGGGAAGAGGUCCAGUUUAAUUUAACCUUCGAGUGUGAUCACUGAUGUCUGUGCAGCUAGAUUUGCUUCAGGUAUCAGAUGCCUUUUUAGUACUAAGAACUGCAGAAUUGUGAGUUUUUGUUGCUUUUGUGGCUAAAUUUUUAAAGGAAAAUUAAUCACCUAGUCCAUUUUCAUGUGAAGAGCAGGGACUUGAUGGAGUUACUGUCCCAACUCUCUUAAUUCAAAAUUACUGGUGAUCUUUCAGAAGACACUAAAUAUCCUAAAAAUGUUAUCUGCACUUGCUACUCAUUUUUUAAAAACUGUCUCUCCCGAGCACAGGUUGAGAAAGUUGCCACCUGAACUUUGUAGAACUGUAGGAGAUAAUGACUGAAAACAGCCCCCUAUGAUUUAAGAAUGUAUCCAGUGCCUGUAGGCUAAGGGCUGGUGUUUCCACUAGGAAAAAAUGGGAUGCAUGUAGUGGAAAGAAAAUUCAUUGUGAGCCUUAAUUUUAGUUACAAGAGCCAAAAUCUUUAAUUUAGUGCCAACCCUUAUCCUUCUAAGCCUAAGAGGAGUUGGUGUAAACACCAAAUUUAUAAUUAGGGAAAACCUGUAGUUGUGUGAAGAAUGUAAUCUCUCAUCUGAGAGAAACAAAGAACCUCCAUUAAAACAAAAUAAUAAGCUUCUUCCUCUGGUAAUGAGCAGGAUACAUAACAACAGUGAGCUAUUUAAGACAGCAACAGUUUAAGAAACCUAAAGCUUUAUAUGAGCAGGAAUGUUUAGGGGAUGCUCUUUUUCUGAAGUGAGGAAAAAGGCAAUUGUUUUGAAUAUGGUUGAGUUGCACAAGUAUGGAGUGUGUGUGUGUCUUAAUGUCUCAGUAUUGCCUUUGUUAGUCUCUUUAUUAGUCCAUGCAGUUUGGUGGCCUGGUAAAUGCAAGUCUUAUUUUUAACAGCUUUCUUUUUCUUCUUUUUAAAUACAAAACCAUAAAGCUUUAAUGCUUGCUAUUUAAUAAGUAACUGUGUUUCCUUCUGUCUCUAAUUUAGUGGUCAUAAUUUGCAGUUAAUUGAACCAUUCCAACCUAAUGCUUACCCAUAUUUCCUAGUUUUGUUUUAUUUAUUUAUUUGAACUUCUUGUUUUCAUGAUUGAGGACUUUCACUUCUGUUUCAUUCAUCUGUUUGGAAACUUCUGACCUUACAGCCAAAACUUAACUCGUUCUACUCAGUAUUCAUCGUGAUGCUGAAGUGUAAGAUACCUGCAAAUGUAAACACUACCACUUUUAUUAAUAAAAGCAAAUACAGUGUUUUAGGGCACAUUUGCAUCACUAUAGUUGAGGUUGUGUCACUAUUUCCAUUAUAAACCCAUAGAGGGUCUAUAUCUUGGCCCUAAAUUGCCCUAAACUAAAUCUUUGCAAUAGAAGCUUGUGCUCAAGCAUGAUUUGGUGGGUUGUUUUCUUAAGCAGUUUCCAACACAAACUCGUUUCUGGUUUAAGUUAUACAACUGUUUUGUUGGGUGGGGGUUGGUAAAAAGAAAAAAGAAAUAAGAAAAAAAAAAAAAAAGAAAAAACCCAAACCAACAAAAACAACAAACAAACCUGGUUCAAGAUUGUUUUUUGCACUUCUGUAACUCAGAAAUGGUUUUCAUUUUAAAACAUAACCUUUGACAAGCCAGUAACCUACAAUAUGAUCUGAUUACUUUGGGUAUUUUGUAAAAAUAAUAAAAUUGUAGAGAUGUUGUGGUUUCAAAAUCA